CGGCAGCGCAUGGUGGCGCACAUAUAUUCCGUUGUGGUCGUCGUCGCCACCCGACGAGACGUCUACGUUCCUGUCUUCCGAUAUAAUAAGUCAUGGUUGUUCAUCGGCUGACAUCAUUAAUUUGGCUGUUAGCUGUCAUAUGGAGUUGUUUUUGUAUAACAUUGACUAAAUCUGUAACUCGGGAAACGCACAACAUUAAGCAAAUCGAAUCUAUUGUAGGAGAAAAGGCCGUACUGCCAUGCCGUGUGCAAGAUGGGAAAACAAAUAUAACGGAUUGGCCGGUUCUCAUCAUCUGGUACAAGGGUGAAGAUGUUCCAAUUUAUAGCGUGGAUCAUCGAGAACGAUCAACGUCUAAACACUGGGCGAGCAAAUCGAUGAUUGACAGGGUUUACUAUACGAUAAGCAAAGGUUGGGCCACGUUGACCAUUGAGAGCGUCCAGCCAUCGGACGGCGGUCAGUAUAGGUGCCGAGAGGACUUCAAGUACUCUCCAACGCGCAACAACUAUAUACUGCUGAAUAUUAUAGUUCCGCCUAAUAGACUGGAAAUCGUGAACGCAGACAAUCGCAUUGUUUGGAAUUCCACGAUGCCACCAAUCCUAGAAAACGACCCGUUGGAAAUAACAUGCAUAGCAUACGAUGGGCAUCCUUUGCCACGAGUGAUGUGGAACAUACGAGGAGACAACGAGGACACGGCGUACGGCACGAGAAUAGGCGAUACAGCUGUAGCUAAUACUCUGAGAAUCGCCCAAGUGCGCAGGGAGAACUUGGGCAAAACACUUAUCUGCGAAGCGUCCAAUAUAGCCAACGCCGUCCAACUGUCCACUUCGGUCGUCAUAAACGUUUACCUGAAACCGUUGACCGUAGCCAUCACAGGAGCUGAACAACCUUUGACCUCGGGCGAAUACAACAGUUUGGAUUGUGUGUCGUACGGAUCCAGGCCGCCUGCCAACAUAACGUGGUACCACGACGGACGGGCAAUUAACUUCGAGACGAAAAGGAUAAAGGUCAUCGAAAACAGCAAUAUGACUUGGAGCUCUUUGAAAAUUUUACCCGAUGAUAAUGACGACCAAAGUGUUAUUAGCUGCCAAGCCAGUAAUACAUAUUUUCCAGCUCACACGCUUCAUCACCAAAUAACACUCGGCGUACAGCAUCCUCCAAGAUUGCAAAUAAAUCUGGGAAGAAAUUUGAACGCAUCCAACAUUAAAGAAGGGUCCGACGUAUACUUCGAAUGUGUGGUCAAAGCAUCACCAGCUAUAACAAAACUGGAGUGGAACCACAACGACACCAAUGUUGGACCUUACGGAAGCCGGAAGAUUAUUUAUAGCAAUCAGACCUUAGUGUUGCAGUCGAUAACGCGGCAGGGAUCGGGGCGCUAUCGUUGCUUGGCUUCCAAUGCCAGAGGAAAGACUGUCAGUGAUGUUUAUGUUCUCGACGUGAAAUACGAACCAGCUUGCAACAGUGACCAACAGCACGUGUACGGUGCACACAGAGGAGAAACCAUACACAUCAAAUGUGAUGUCAAUAGCAAUCCGGCGGCAACAUCAUUCCGUUGGGCUUUCAACAGUUCUGUGUCGGGAUUAACCAGAGUGACUACUAUAGAUAAAGGAUCACCCACGAUCAAGUUCAGAGUUAUCAAUUUUGGCACGAUGUUGUGCUGGGCCACCAACACACUGGCCACCCAAUCGCAUCCUUGCAUGUUUCACGUUGUACCGGCAGAGAGGCCGGGACCUCCUCGAACCUGCACUCCUAUGAACGUGACCAGCACCAGGUUCACGGUACUCUGUGAGCCUGGUUACGGUGGUGGACUACCGCAACAGCUGAUUUGCACCGUGGCCGUGGCUGGCCGUUCGGAUCACAAGCUGAACAGUUACCAAAGCCAGACCGGACAAACUUCCGUGCAAGUCACGGGCUUGCGACCGUCUACCCAAUACGUGGUCACGAUACACUCGAGUAACGCCAAAGGACCCAGCACUAGGUACAUUCAAGUGUACGUGGAAACCGCGCCCAACCCUAAGGAUCCUCGAGUGGCCGGCGAUUCCACCAGCACUGUCACCAGGUUCUCGAAUGCCGCAUACGUCGGGAUUGUACUUCUUAGCUGUUGUUUUGUGGGUGCAUGUGCGAUGGCCGUUGUGUUUGCCAAACGACUAACGACCGGUCAAUCAGUAUUCCAGCAACGAUCCACAACUGUCAGGUCCCGAGACGGUGAAGAAAUUCGAUUUUCCGGAGCCAAGGACAGCGCCGAUCGACGUCCAGUUGUUUCAAAAAAUGAAAACGGGUUGCUGUCUAGACUAACAGUUCAAUUAAAAUCACAGGACCUUCAGCCAAAUGACUCAUGUCAAGAACCAACUCUAGAGCUAACUGCGCGUCCAGUCACGUCUUUGCAACCCACGAACAAUUCAAAGUCAUUUUACAUAGGAAGCCGUGUGACCGACAACAAGGAUGUUCGAUCGUACGGACCAAUGAUAAAUGGUGUUAAUCAACAAAAGCUGUGCGACUCUUUUGUCGUCUACCCAAACCACAGAUCUGUGCCAGUACAGGAUAUGGUCUAUACUCGCACUACCAAACCAUAUACCGAAAUCGAAAGCAUAGUCUAAAACCAU